AUGUCGGAACACGACGAACCAAACGUGGCCAGCCCACACAGGGACAUCCAGCAAGUCGACGACAAGCACGGCUUGGAAGAGGUUGAAAGAACUUUCUCUCCAGAUCUGGAUAAGGGGAACCAGCAAAGAUACGACAAGGUCGACAAAGAAUUGGCCAAAUAUGUCGCCGAUGAAGCCUUCGAGAUCUCGGAAGAGGAGAAUAGUCGCCUACGCAGGUUGAUCGACAAACGAGUGCUCGCCAUCAUGAUCACAACCUACUUCAUCCAGGCCAUCGACAAGGGGACCCUGAGUUUUUCUUCCAUCAUGGGCAUCAGGGAAGACACUGGUCUCCAUGGUCAGCAAUACUCGUGGCUCACCACCUGCAUCUACAUCACCAUCCUCAUCGUCGAGUAUCCCCAGAACUACAUCAUCGCCCGCGUACCCAUCGCCAAGUACCUCAGCUUCAUGAUCAUAGCCUGGGGCGUCGUCCUAGCUUGCACCGCGCUCUGCAAGAACUUCACCGGCCUGGUGGUCGUCCGCACGCUUCUCGGUCUCUUCGAGUCCGCCUGCCAGCCGGCCUUUGUCAUCCUCUCCUCGAUCUGGUACAAGCGCGAGGAGCAAGCGUCCCGGGUGACCUACUGGUACAUGAUGAACGGCGCCCAGCAGAUCGUGGGCGGUCUGCUGGCCUACUGCUUCUCGCUGAUCAAGACCGGCCCCCUCAAGUCCUGGCAAUGGCUGUUUCUGUCGUACGGCAUCGUCUCGGUCCUGUACGGCCUCUUUGUCGGCUGGUGGAUGCCCGAUUCGCCCAUGCGUGCAAAGUGCUUCUCCGAGGAGGACAAGCGGCUGAUGGUCGAGCGUGUGCGGUCUAACCAGACGGGCGUGCAGAACCGCAAGUUCAAGAAGGAGCAGGUCUAUGAAGCCUUGAAGGACCCGCAGGUCUGGGGGUAUGCCCUCGUCCAGCUGUGCACGACGCUCCCGACCAGCGGCCUUGGUAGCUUCCAGGGUAUCAUCAUCAGCAGCUUUGGGUUCUCGCUGCUCGAGACCCAGUUGUUGGCCAUGGUGCUGGGCUUCUAUAUCAUCAUGGUGUUGCUGGGCUCCGUGUGGAUCGUCAAGAAGACGAACCAGAACUUGCUGACGAUGUUGGGCUUCUGUAUUCCGUCCUUUAUCGGCACCAUCUGUCUCAUGACGGUGCCGACGGACUCCAAGACGCAGAAGAUUGGGCUGGUCAUCUGCUAUUAUAUCACGCUGUCCUUCUGGUCCGCUCAGACACUGGCUUUGUCCAUGCUCUCGCGGAACGUGGGUGGCCAGACCAAGAAGUCUGUGGCCGUUGCCUUGAACUUUAUCAUCUGGGCCACCGGAAAUGCCAUUGGGCCCCAAGUUUUCUUGGACACCGACAAGCCACGGUACUUCUUCGCCUUUUCAACACACUUGGGCUGCUACAGCCUGCUCGUCGUCGUCAUCGUCGGCCUGCGGUUCUAUCUGGUACACCAGAACAAGAAGCGGGAUGAGCUCGCUGCCGCCGGUGUGCAAGAGGCUCGUGACGCAAAGAUGGUUCAUGCGUUUGAGGAUCUGACGGACAAGGAGAACCCCAACUUCCGUUAUGUGUAUUAA